CUUCUUUUAUUUUUAAGGGGUAAUUUACAGAGUCUGUUCAUGGACCGACAUUGGCAGCUCCUGGGACUGGGUUUCGUCCUGGGAGUGACUGCGCUCUGUGCAUCCUUCGUGGGUGGCAUGUAUUUUCAGCACAAAGAUGCCAGAAAGCGCCUGCAGGAACUGGUACAAACGAAUCCCUAUGCCUACUAUCUCGGUCCCAAAAUCUAUGAAGUGUUUUCCUUCUUCGAGACCAAUAAUGAAGUCGAUCACCGGAUGAGGCAAAUUAUGAAGUAUGGGUUCCCUGGCCUGGACGACCUGCGUCUUUAUAGUGACUUUGUGCUCUCCUACGAUCGCCGCAACCGAGUGGCCCACUGGGUGUGUGAACACCUCCAGGCGGACAGCAUACAUCCCAAUCGUGGCAGACGUGGCCGUAAUCCAUACCAGCCGGAUUUGAGUGUGCCCUCCAACUUCCGCUCGGAACUGAGCGACUAUCGCAGAUCUGGAUUCGAUCGAGGACACUUGGCAGCCGCGGGGAAUCACCAUCUGCAGCAGAAUCACUGCGAGGAUACGUUCUUCCUGACGAAUAUAGCCCCACAAGUGGGCGAAGGUUUCAACCGCGGCGCAUGGAACAACUUGGAACGAUAUGUUCGAAAUCUGGUCCACCGAUUCGGAUCCGUAUUCGUGUGCACUGGUCCGCUAUAUAAGCCCAAUGAAAGAGCGGCAGGUAAAUGGGCCGUGGAGUACGAGAUGAUCGGACUGAACAUGGUAGCAGUUCCGACGCACUUCUUCAAGGUCAUCAUGGUGGAGUCACAACUGCACCUGGGCAAACCCUAUAUGGAGGGCUAUGUCCUGCCCAAUGCCCCCAUACCAGAUGGCCUGCCACUCCGCUCGUUUCUCUGCGACAUCCGUGAGAUUGAGCACUAUGCAGGACUCAAGUUCUUCGAUGGAUUGAGGAGAAGUGCCCUGUUUGGCAGCAAUUAUCCAAGUGAAUCGCAAGUUUUUCGGGAAUUUAGUUAGUGGAAAUUAGUUGGAAAAUAUAUUGGAAAAUUUUAAAAGCUUAUCUGCAAGCAGGCUAUAUUCUACAAAUUGACAUGUCGACAAAUUGCUACAUUCUACAUGUUAUCAAGGCAACACUACUCGAAAUUAUUGUAA